UCUAUCCGCGAUCUUCGACAAGUUUGGUGUAAUAUGCUGCGUCUGGCGUUAUUUUUACGUGGAAAUUACUAGCACGCUCGCGAGUUCUUUUCCCACGACGAGUGGCCUCAUCCGGGUCGCGCGCUUCAAUGUGCAUCCGCCGCACUCAAGGCGGCGUCUUCAGGUGAUUUCCUCGACUUGUCUCGUGGUCGUUUUGUUAUCUUAAGAUACAAAGAUAGAUCUAUUGCGGUGCACUCAUGAGCUCGGCCGAAUUGGGUGCUAAGACGGCAGAUUAACGGAUUCAAGUGGCCGUGUGUGACCGUGUGGAGGUUUGGGUGCCGAUAGCCGAAAAGGCGGCGUUUGUUAGUGUCAUUUGGGUGACUUGGAUUUUUUUCUGGUCACUGCUCACAUGCAAUAAUUAAUCAAGAGCCUGCGGUCCAUGAUCCCCGCUUCCACCCCCGCGGCACGUAGCUCGACAAGUGGCAAAGGCUUGGGUGAAUUUAUUCCGCGUGCAUUUCCAAGUAGUUGGUCUUUGAUGGUAUCAGCGAUAAUGACCCGCAUUUGAAAGUUUGUUUUUCUUUGGCUUAACCGGAGUCGCCGUAGUUGCAAGAAACUUGUUGGCUUUGACUCCAACGCGGUCUUCGGGUUUAUGUGGAGAUAUUAACGGCAAUUGCCGCCGGUUCGAGCGGGAGGAUUAGACUGCGAUGGUCGCCGCCACCUUUCGCGAGGAUUAUCUGCUGUGAGAGUGCUGGAAAUCCGCCGAUCCAUUUCGUCCGUGCAGAAAUAUUGAAAGUGCUUAGUGUAAUGUAAAUAAUCCCUAAUUAGUGGAAAUAGAGUCAAUUUGCCUGUCUGUGUUCUGUGGAAAUUCAUCAAACAAAAGAAAAAGUUUUGUUGUGGUUUUGCCUAGUCAGGAUAAUAAGUUGCGAAAAUUGUUCCUGGAAUUUGUGCUCUAUUUUGUUUGAAUUGGAUUAUCGGCGGGAGGAGUUUGGCCGUUGAAACGAGUUCAUUAAAGAGAAAAAAGGAAUGUCACGCAAUGAUUGAAAUUAACACUGAAAGACCCUUCCGAGAGCACUGGAAGUAAAAACGCAGCAUCCUCCACAUAUCGUCGAAUCCGUUCGUACUUGGAUGGAGCUUUCAUGAAAAUUUAAGAGCCCUCUAACAACAAUCAAUUUAUUAAUCCAGUGCAAUUCACUUCGGGGAAAAAACUGGUGGCCUAUAAAAAAUAAUUCCACAACUACGGCAACAUAUCUCCGACAAACGAUGCAAAAUUGCUCCUCAUAAAUAUUCGACUCAUUCUAUUAUAUGAAGAAACGACAGCGGUAGUACGUAAAAAGCACCAGUUGAACUUGAAAUUAUGGUUACGAUUUGUUAUCGCCCGAUACUCAUGCUGCUGCCGCUGCUCCUUGGUACCUAGUGAAUACGAAAGCAAGAAGUACAAGAAAAACAUAAUAAUUCGCCAUACAUUCCCAUGGUGAAGUUAACAUGGUAUAAGCGCCACCAGGAUCAAGGAAAUACACGAGAAUUUAAAAAGGAAGCCGAAGAAGCAUCGACAGGCCAACACCGGGGGGCAACAAAGAGCAAAAAGUUGUUGUCUCUUCGUCACAUCCGCAGGAACAAGGCCAGGAGGAGGACGACAACUAGAAUAAAAACGAGGACGGUGACAACAACAUAUGGGAGAAUAGCGUGUGACAAAAAUAAUAAUAAUGAUACGAUAUGAGAGUUACUUGCGGCACUUGUGGUGUCGUCAGACAAAACCGACGCGUCCUUCCGGGAGCAACAUCAUGCACGCGUGGAGCUAAGAUACACAAUAGACAGGAAAUCGUAUAUCAGUGAUUGUACAACGUAUCCCACAGGCGCAUUCACACACUCUAGUGCACAUAUCCCCCCUCGCAACCUACAUAUUGUCGUACCAUAUCAUCAUCACCAUCACCAUCAUCGUACACCAACGCUAACGUUAACGUUCGGGGAUUUCCCGGCUUUUCCAUUUUUCCGUUCUGACAAUGGUGGAAUACUAGAUUACAUACUCUUACAAGGAUGAGUGAACAAUUUCGAUAAAACCCAUGGAUGUAUUGAGGAUAAACUUAAGGAAUUGGACCGAAGUGGAGCUAAAGGACGCGGAACAACGAGCAACGGAGUCGUCGAACGAAAGGAGUUUCCGCAACUUGGGAACCACUUGAAAAAUAACAACAAGUGUGUAUAUCGACAAUAUAAAUUAAAUUGUCUUAAGUUACGAAAACGAGAACGUAAAUCGAGGUUUCCGGCAUGGAGGGCAGGAACUCGAGUUGCUGUAAAAAUCUAUGAAUGCUAUUGUAGAGAACAAAAACCGAUAAAAGAUAGCGGAUAACGGAUAGUUAUAGAUCGGGUUAGAUAGCAAGAUUUCUAUACAACUAGAUGAAUCAAAUGAAAGGUUUGCUCUUCCCAGCCCCUGAAUAGUGAUUGGGUAAAAAUUGUGAAAAUUGUUUUCGUAAAAAGCUCUUCGGUGUAAGUUUGUGUAGUUAUCCUUUUGGUUUGGUUUUAUCUUGUGUCUGGUUUUUUCGUUUUUUUUUUAAUCAACGGGAAAGAUAAGAACCGUGUAAAUAGUGAAGUUUACAAUGGCCUCUGGAAUUCUCAGCACAACAUGUACAUUAGUGAAAAUUGCUUCAACAUUCUAUUUGUGGUGGCUGUUUGGAACGUGUUUGUCAUUAGUCGUUCAUGCGAAAUUCGCUAGAGUUAACGGAGCUUACACGGAUGCUGACGAUCUGAUUAAUGAAUUGGAUAGACCAGUUCCCAUAACAUCCGUAGAAGGAGUGCUCACGCGUCAAGCUUCACUUCCAUGUGAUAUAACGCCAAUGGAGCGUGAUGAUGCUGUUUAUAUGGUUCUCUGGUUUCGGGAAGGUGAUGGCGAACCGUUAUACAGUUUCGACGUGCGAGGUCGUCAAUUUGGUCAAGCGAAAUUAUGGUCGUCGCCCAGUGCAUUUGGCGACAGAGCAUUUUUUAGUACAGUGGCACAUCCUGCAGCGCUCAAGGUGGACAAUAUAAAGUUGUCUGACGAAGGAACAUAUCGAUGUCGUGUUGAUUUCAAGAACUCACCAACAAGAAAUCUAAAGAUAAAUUUAACGGUUAUUGUGCCGCCCGAACGUCCUGUGAUUUUGGAAGCCGACCGAAAGGAGCGGUUGAGUAACGUGGCGGCAUACAAUGAGGGAAGCGAUGUCAUAUUGAUAUGCGAAGUUAAUGGCGGCCGACCUCGUCCAAACGUAACGUGGUACCUUGACAACUCCGUAAUUGACGAAUCAUUUGAACAUCGGAAAGAUGGUGUCACGAUAAACCAUCUAUCAUUUCCCAAUAUCGGGAGGCAGCAUCUCAACUCUCGCCUCGUUUGCAUGGCGAGCAAUACAAAUCUAACGCCACCAAAUAGUAGAGUCCUUAUUUUAGAUGUGAAUUUAAAACCCGUCGCUGUACAUAUCCUGACGAAGGAAAAGGCACUAUCGGCGGAUCGCCAAUUCGACGUGGAAUGUAAAAGUUCGGGUUCUAAGCCGGCUGCCAUUAUUACAUGGUGGAUGGGUAAUCGCCAAAUUAAACGACUGCCAAAAAAUUUUUCCGAGCCAGACAAUCAAUCAUUGAGUGUCCUCACUUUUACGCCUACGAAGGAGGAUGACGGCAAGUAUCUCACAUGUAAGGCUGAAAAUCCCCACAUCCCGGGCAGCGUAAUUGAGGACAGAUGGCGUUUAACAGUCUACUUCCCACCAGUUGCCAUAAUGAAAAUGGGUUCAACGUUAAAUCCGGACGACAUUAAGGAAGGAGAUGAUGUCUACUUUGAAUGUCACGUCCAUGCAAACCCUCGUCCAUACAAAAUGUCAUGGUAUCAUGAUGGAACGGAGCUGCAUCAUAAUAUCUCUGCUGGAAUUAUCCUUUCGGAUCAAUCACUUGUUUUGCAGAGCGUGACACGGGCAUCAGCAGGUGAUUACACAUGUCUGCCAACGAACGAUGAAGGCAAGGCCGAGAGUAAUCCUGUUACGUUACGGGUUCGAUACGCACCAGUUUGUUCAGCUGAUCACGAAGAACUUUUGGGAGCCCUAAAGCAUGAAACUCUCACGUUGAAAUGCGAGGUGGAUGCUUCACCGCCGGCGGACUCAUUUCACUGGACAUUUAACUCGUCUGGCGAACAAACGGAAUUGCCCGCGAGGCUACAAUCGAGCGAGACCGGACUGUCACGUCUUAACUAUACGCCAACAUCGGAUCUUGACUACGGGACCAUCUCGUGUUGGGGCCGAAAUUCUAUCGGAGUACAAAAGUCACCAUGUAUAUUUCAAAUCGUUGCUGCAGGUCGGCCAUUCCCAUUGCAAAACUGUACAGUAUCCAACCAGUCAACUGAGUCCUUACAAGUUGAAUGCAUCGAAGGAUUUGAUGGAGGUCUUCCACAAGGGUUCAUCCUAGAACUUGUUGAAAUGCCCACGCUGCGCCUAGUACGAAAUCUAAGCUUAUCGAGAGCACCAGUAAAUUUCUUUAUCGACAAUUUAGAGCCGGGCUCAUCGUAUCGAAUCAUCCUAUUUGCAGUAAAUGCCAAGGGGCGAUCGGAACCGACUAUCAUUGACGAUAUAACAUUCAAGGGCGUUGCUAAAUUUACAGGGCCAUCAAACGGAUUGACUGUACCACUUUCACCAUUUCUGGCAGGGCUUACACUAUUUGCAGCUGUCUUAUUCGCUGCAGCAUGCAUCAUCCUAGCUGCCUUAUAUCGAAGAUACUCAAAUAAAAAUGCUGAAUUGAAUCUGAAAUCAACGAAACAUACUCAGCUGCCAAUAAUGCCGUCAGAUUGCCAAUUAGAUCCACAGAAUCCAACAAUGCAGCAACAGCACUUACAACAUCAGCAACAAACAAGGAAUCCGAAUGGCACAUCAUCAACGCCGUUAGGUGAAAAUGAUACUCAUCGUCAGAGUCCGGCUGUCCUGGGAGAUCCGCCCGAAGGCGAAGAUACAGAUCCUGAUGUUAUACCCAAUCAAUAUGAAAAGCGACCGCUAAAAACACAAGCGCCUACACCAUUAUUUCGGAGUCCCUCGGCACGUCUGAUACAACGUGAUGUGUGUCGUGAUGAGGAAGUCGGAUGUGAUGGAACAUCCAAUUUAGGAUCAUUAGUUGGUAGUGGUAAUGAAGUGCUUCAUUACACCUUUAGGCCUAGUAAACAAAUUAGCUAUACAACUCUUUGUAAGGGAAACAAAGGCGUCACAACAUGUAGUCCAUUAGGGCAAAUACACCCACCGUUGACCCAGCCCAUGGAAGUUAGUCUACUUAGUCCCAAUAACCAAUCAGUAGUUACGUCAUCUUUGAGUGAGUACCGGUUUCGACCCGAAGUCGUUACAACUUCGAAUCGGAUACAGGAAAGUUGUAUAUAAUUGGCGCAAAACUCUGUAAUCGUGUGAGUGUGCUGAAAAGCCCAUUAGUGCUACAUAUACAGACAGACAUCUGCAUUGUCAUAAUUGUACCCUAGCAAAUAGUCUCUCCAACGAAUCUGGAAGACGACGUAAAACUGUGAAACUGAACGCUAAUUUCAAAUCAGCUGCGUCUUCUUGUGUAUAAUAAGAAAAGUAAAUGAAAAACUCAUUAUAAAUGUUGUACAUAUCCAAUUAGGCUAUUUACUAAGUAAUAACUAGUUUAAUUCAUCUAUUUUGUAAGCCUAACCUUAUAACAACUUAAUAUAGUCGAACUAUAUCAAUUAUUAAGUGUAAACGAGAUAAAUUAUUUAUAGCGAAUGGUUAGCAUAAGGCCGAGUUUAUCGAAUCCUUGCAAUUUGGUUAUUAUAUAAAAAGUAUAUAGUUUCCUUUUUUUAUUAAAAAAAA